GAUCGCAAACUCCACAGAUAUUUCUCCAGGUCUUCACAGGUUUAUGUCGAGGAAAGUUCAACAUUUUAUCCAACAGCUGGCCACAAGUCGCUCCAGCAGAAAUGAUUUGCCUCUUCACUCUUUUAGUUGUCUUCAAUCUUUUAGUGUCUCAGUGCCAUGGCGGCUGUGCGGAGGUGGACUCCCUGACUGAAGCCGUGGCAGGAGAAGGUUUCCUGCUGGGCUGCAUCUCCUGUAAGAGAAGAGAGGAGGUGUCUGCCCGGAGCACCGUGGACUGGCACUUCAAACCGCUGGGAGAGGAGGAGUUCAGGCAUAUUUUCCACUAUGACCACCCCAGUGCCGAAAUCCUCCAUGAAGAUUUCAGCGACCGUCUGGAAUGGCAUGGGACAAAAACCAGAGACAUUCAGAUAGGAGCCAUUUACAUUCAUAACGUCAUCUUCAAUGACACGGGGACGUACCGCUGCACAAUCAAACGCACCCUCUUCCUGCCGCAGUAUGAUCAGCUGGUCGCUGUGGUGAAGGAGGUGGAGCUCAACGUGGUGGCUGUAGCCAAUCGGGAGCUGACAGUGGUGAUCGCAGAGAUUAUGAUGUACGUGCUGAUCGUGGUUCUGCAGCUGUGGCUCGUUGUGGUUCUGGUUUACUGUUACAAGAAGAUUUCGGAGGAGCACGAAGCUCGGGAUGCCCGUAAAGCUCUCAAGGCUCAGGCAGAGCUGGUAGAAUCAAAAGACAUCUGUGACGGGGUGCAGCUAGAGUGACGUCACCGGUAAAAUGAUCAUCUCUGCAGGAGUCAAGCUUCAUUACAGUACCGUGAUAUUGCUAACAAAGACACAAUUACAG